UAAUUCUUUAUGUUCACCGCUGCGAUCAAAAAGUCUACCAUCUGCGUCUGCCAAAUUUCUCCGGUGCUAGCAGCAACAAUGGCGAAAAACGUAUCAUUCAUCACUGGAUCUGAGCUCCUAUCUCUCAAAGAACGCUCUAAUGUCGCCAUCGUUGACGUCAGGGACGAUGAACGAAGUCACGAUGGACAUAUAGCUGGAUCACUCCACUUCGCCAGCGAUACUUUUCAGGACAGGAUCCCUAAUCUCGUUCAAGCCGCUAAAGGGAAAGAUACCCUAGUCUUUCACUGUGCCCUUAGCCAGGUUCGUGGGCCGAAAUGUGCACGUAGAUUUGCAGACUAUCUUGCUGAAGGGAAAGUGGAUGCAGGGAUAAAGAAUAUAAUGGUGCUGGAACGCGGUUAUAAUGGCUGGGAAGCUUCUGGUAAACCUGUUUGUCGCUGUCGUGGGUCCACUUGCAAAGGGGGAUGCUAAAUCCACAUACAUGUAUUGCUAUACAUCAUAUCAUACUUGGCUUUUAUUUCUUGUGUAUAAUUAAAAUCCUAUACAUUGAAUGGUUGUCAAUCCAAAUAAUAUGAGAGGGAAGCUGUUAUAUUCU